AUGCCAACGGAGAUUAAAAUAGUGGUGCCUAUGGCGCAGGACGACGAGACGUCAUCGCUUGCAGAUGGUGUUGAUGAUCCCGUCACUUCUGAUGGUGCGGAUAUCAGCAGAGGUACUGUGGCUGUACCAGAGGUCGAACUGCUCGACCGUCAAAUCAGUGAUUCUCAAAACAAUGGUCGCGGGGAAAUAUGUGAUUCUCAGGCAACAGAAUCGGCGUUUAUCGAACAUCCAGAUGAUCACACUUUUCAUCGCCAUCAUCAAACACAUCAACUAAAGCUCCGGGCGAACCUUCAAAAUAACCAACAACAUAUUCAUCAACCUAAUUCUCAGGAUAACCAACAGCAUAACCUACAGCCAAACCAUCAACCCAACCAUCAACCCAACCAUCAGAAUGGCCACCAGCAUCACCAUCACUACAAACAUCAUCACCACCACCCACAGCUACACCAGCAGGAGAUAACACUCCCUCUUGACCAAACACAGCUGAACCUGUUCACCAACAUGGCUGACCACAACGUUGUGCUGGACAGAGGUCAAACGCGGGGAGGCAAAACACCGGCCUCGUCACCAAGACUGGGAUAUAGGAAGGUCUGUAUGUUAGCGUAG